AUGCCAUAUCUAGACGCUAUUGUCAAAGAAACUCUUCGAUUGAACUCUCCCAUUACAAAAACACUACCAAGAAUUGCAGCAAGAGAUGUUGCUGUUGAUGGACUCCUCAUUCCUCAGGGGACACUUGUCGAUGUUGACAUUGCUGCUACGCAUAUGAGCGAGUCUAAUUAUAGCGAUCCAUUUGAAUUCAAACCUGAGCGAUUUCUUGAAAGUGCUGAUGUUACUUCUAAGAAACAAGGCCUAUCAUAUGUACCCUUUGGAUAUGGCUCUCAUGUGUGUAUUGGUCAAAAUUUCAGUCUUGCCGAACAACGUGUGUUUUUGGCCAUGCUGUUGCGCAAGUUUGAAUGGACGUUGGCUCUUGAUUCUAUGCAUAGAGAUGGUAUGAUUGCUGAAGGAAACGGUGGCGUAAGACCUAUCAAUCUGAGAAUCGACUUUAGACCUCGCUUUUAG